ACCAAAAUAACAUCUAGCCCCCCCACCUCACACCGUCAUCUAAUCUCCACCGUCAUUCUUGUUGUGUUGUCUACACAACUCCAUUCCCCCACGCCCCCUUUUCCACCUUUUCACUUCUCUCUUCCUCUUUUGCUCUCUACCGCUUUCUUCUUCUUCAAAAAGCUUUGGGACAUAACGUAAUUCUUUUCCACGAUCUUGCCACCACUAUCAUGCCCACUUUUGUACUGUUUUCAGUACUUUUCUUGGCCAUGACUGGUCAUUCAAGUGCUAUGUUCUGUAUUUGUAAAGAUGGUGUAAGUGAUCAACAACUUCAAAAAAACAUAGAUUAUGCUUGUGGAGCUGGAGCUGAUUGUACUCCUAUCCUUCAAAAUGGUGCUUGCUUUAAUCCUAAUACUAUUAAAGAUCACUGUAAUUAUGCUGUAAAUAGUUAUUAUCAAAGAAAGGGUGCAGCUGGUGCUAGUUGUGACUUUAGUGGAACUGCAACUACGAGCCCAAAUCCACCAACUACCACAGGUUCUGGGUGUGUUUACCAGUCCACUCCUGGCAACACUGGUGGAGGUACCACAACUCCAACAAUCUCACCACCAGGAACCACAAUACCAACGAUUGCGCCACCAGGAACCACAACUCCAACGAUCGCACCACCAGGAACCACAAUUCCAACAACUGCACCACCAGGCACCACAACUCCAGGAAUUGGCACCGGUGGCACGGGCACAGGCAUAGCGACGACGCCAGGGACAAACAAUCCAGUAUUCGGGCUUGGACCAAGUGGAAGUGGCAUUAGCAACACAGACGGUAAUGCAGCUGGACAUUUUAAAAACAGUAUCUUUUUAACAAUAGCACUUUUGGCUAUAAGCUUAAUAUGCUUAAGGGCCUAAAGUGAAAGAAGAUGAAAGAUGGAUAUUCUGCCACGAGAGUUUGGUUGUUAGGCGAAGUUUCAAUGCUGAAACAGUGAAUUUAGCCUUGUGGGAAUAUAUCUUUCCUUUUGUUUUUUUCUUCUUCUUUUUUGGUCUUUCUAUCUUAUAAUGGUUGCGUGGAAAAGUUGGAAUUGGAUUCCCUUUUAAGUGGAGGCCUAGUUGCUGCUUAUGGUGUAGUAGUUUUAGUAGUGUAGAAGAAUCGGAUCCCUGUCCCCUUUUUAGAAAUUUCCCCUUUGUUGUUGUAUAUCUAUUAUAUAUAGAGUAAAGGCAGAGGCUGUAUUUAUUAUUUCAAAUUAUAACAAAUUAGAACUCUCUAUCCCAUCCUAA